AUGUCCGCAUUCAACGGAGAAAAAUGGGCUGGCCCUUUGGGCGGUAACAACGGUGGUAGGCGUGGGGGCUGCUGCAAUGGCAAAGGAGGUUUUAUAGGUGGGGACUGCUGUAAUGGCAGAGGGGGUACUACUGGUGUGAGUGGUGCUAUUGACGGUGGUGACUGGGGUGGUCGAGGUGCUGUUAAUCUAACAAGUAGAACGACAACGCGAGCAGCUGAUGGCCAAGAUAGUGAGUAUCAUCUUCAAACUGAGAUUGAAGGCAGUCUAUUCACUCGGUGUUGGACUUUGGGGGGUUUUGGAUAUACCACUGAGCCGAGAAUCGAAGAAGUCGAGGAGGACGACGGACCACCCACUCCUGCUCCAGAACGUCCCCCACCUGCCGCCGCCGAACAUUUCGGGUACACAAUCGAGAAAGAGGAUGACGACUGCGCCGAGUCCGACUCCUCUCCCCUCGCUCAAGACUUCGGCUACACUGCGGAAACGUACACCCACACGGACAACGUUGAAAGGGAGAGUAUUAUCUCCGCCUACGAUUCAGAUCCGCGUCUCGCGAAGAUCAUCCGAGAGCUGAAGUCUCGAAAGCAAAAGGACCGUUCACCCCCCGUCCUUGGGCUUGUCUCCGAGCUCGCGAAGGUCGGGUGCCAGGGAGUUGUGGAUCUGGCCAGCUUGCUGCUCGGCUGUGGUCAAUCGGCAACUCUUGGCGUAUUGAACCAGUUCCAUAGACCAAGAGAUGAUGUCAGCGUUCUGGACGAGCUUAGUUUCGUCGUACGUCAUGGCCUGCAUCUUCUCGAGAGCGCCAGUGGGGUCAAGUCUGUAGGCCUCAGUGAUCUUUGUCAGUGCAUAUUUGAGACUGUUACGACUGCAUGCCUGCUGAUCCUGCGUCAGGCGAGCAUCAAAACGGUGACCCCGGUUUGA